GCUUUAGGCGUCAAUACUUUCUGAUGAGGGCUGCACUUAUGUGGACCAUUAGUGACUUACUUGGGUAUGGAAUGUUGUUUGGGUGGAGCACACAUGGUAAAUUAGCUUGUCCCUAUUGCAUGGAAAAUUCGAAGGCCUUUUGGUUGGAACACAGUCGGAAGACAUCAUUUUUUGAUUGUCACCGACAAUUUUUGCUAUUGGAUCAUCCAUUUAGAAGAAACAAGAAUGACUUCAUAAAGGGUCGUACAGAGAAUAGAACAAUGCCAGAGAGAUUGUCUGGUGAUGAGAUGCAUAGUCGCAUCCAUUGGCUACCUGAUGAACUAUUUGGUAAGCCACCUUAGAAACAGGAAAUCCACGGAUUUGGUGAAGUGCACAAUUGGGUUAAAAAGAGCAUCUUUUGGGAAUUACCAUAUUGGCACACAAACUUGAUUCGACACAAUUUAGAUGUCAUGCACUGUGAGAAAAACUUUUUUGACAAUAUCCUUCAUACAGUAAUGGAUGACCCUAUGAAAAAAGAUAACAUAAAUGCAAGACUUGAUA